GGCAUGUCUUUGACACAUCUGCCCUGCCAUCCUGGUUGUAUCUGAAAAAGGCGAAUAAGAAUCUGCGGGUUUGCAGUUCCAGUUCCAUCUACACUGUGUAUUGUAUCAUACUGUACUGUAAUGUUGGUCUGUCUUCCGAGUUCUUAACUCAUCCGGUCACCGUCAAGUUUCCACAUCUUGAUAAUUCCCUAAAACUGGAGGAUAAAGGGGAAAUUCACAAAGAUUUGCAGCGAUGGAAAAGGCUACUCGGGAAGCGGACGUAAACUCGGUCGAAGAACAUUAUGUCCUACCUUCGACAUUCUCGCCUUGGUCCGGUCACGAGGACGAACCAGACUUCGUCCACUCACAUACCCAAUCAUUGACACCAUCGCCAACCUCAUCGCCGCCGCCCGAGAGGUCUAAAGAGCACCUGUCGGCAGAUGUUGCCGAAGACCAAGUGCUGAGGCCCCAGUUAUCGCGGCGAAUCUCGCCCUUCAGGUCUGCGUCAACGCCGCAAGCUCAGCAGGACGACGAGCAACUUAUGCUAAGGCCGGAUGACCACGGCAUGCAACCCGUGACCGAAACCACGAUUUCGGCUGGAGAUGUUCAGAAACAAGGUACCGUACGGCGCACUAGGUUCACGGAGUUAUUGAGUCGCUCUCUAUCGCUAUCGUUACUAGGCAAGAAAGUACCCCCCUCACCUAGUAGCAAUUACAACACGAUAGUAGAGGAUCCUUCGGCUCAGCAAGGCCCUGAGCAUUAUCCAAUGGGCUCAGUGAAUGCGCCCCAUACAGCUGCAGAGGAGAGGUGUGGUACUUCAAGUUCAAGCAGCUCGGACGACGACUCUGAUGUCGACCUCGACGAGCUCGCUACCAAAUAUGAACGACCUCCUUUAGAUUGUCACUCGAGGCGGGAUGUGUACACUAAGCGCUGGAGCUGGACAUUCAUUGUCCUCGCGUCACUAUCCGUAUACUCUACCCUCGCUAGUGGACUAUGGCUAUUCACCUCUAUCUACCAGCCGCGCUACGGAAGGGGGAUAUCUGAUAGCGAGGGUUGGAAAAUGGCCCCCUCAACCGCAACACUGCUCUGCACAUUGAUAGCUAAGACUAUCGAAAUGUCUUUCGUAACCGUCUUCGUAGCUUUCCUCGGCCAGGUUCUGACACGGAGGGCAUUCGUUAAGAAAUCCAAUGGCGUGACGCUCGCCGAAAUGACGAUGCGGAACUGGGUUAUCCAACCGGGGUCUUUGCUUACAUACUGGGAAGGAGUUCCUUUCGCGGCUACGACUGUUCUAGGCAUCCUCUCGUUAAUUGCCACUAUCUGCACGAUGUUCUAUACGACGGCAUCUGACGCGAUGGUUAGCCCCAAGUUGAAAUUCGGGGCUUGGGAGUCACGGAGCUUAGAAGGGCUUGUAAAGGCAUCCUACGCGAAUCCGUAUUACGUUCAGAGCGCUUGCUCAACGCCCAUCGACCUACAGAUGGACCCAAAUAACUCGGCCCCCUCCUGUCUUGAUGUGCAGUACUCGGGUCAAUCCUACCACAACCUCCUGACAUAUUUGGGUGAAUGGUAUCCUAUCCACGAAAAUGGAUCAUCUAGCACCGGUCACCUAAGCGGGAGACCCGUAGGGAAGCACAACCUGUUCGAUAACACGACAAUGGCGUCGACCUGGAUAGAGACCGAGUUUGGGGACCCGGAGACAAAUUUUGCGACUUACAACAGGAUUAUAAACAACGUCACACUGGCCAUGCCGCACCCAGGCGUUUACUCGGCGGCCACAGAUCCCCGCAACAAUAUUUUACAGCCGGAUGACUUGGCAGGCGUUGGUGAGUACUCCAUUCGAGCGAGUGUCGUUUCGCCCGUCGUGAACGUUAUGUGCGUGAACAUGGCCCCCGACGAACUAGCACCGCUUGUGUAUACGCGGUGGCCCAACGCGCGGACAGAAUCCACCGACGUCCCUAACCAGCGCACCGGCGUAGAGGACUGGUUCAACGACGUACCGGCACCUUCCGACGACGAGUGGCUGAACCGAACCGCAGUCGACGACAUAUUCCGAUGGGGACCCAAGUACCAGCGCCGGCCGCCUGUCUUUCAACUCUACCCCAUCGCCUACAACAUGAUCACCAACACGUCCGUCUCAAUGUCGGUGGACAUCUACAUCCUCGCGAAGUCCAACUUCACCGACGACUACACGUUGUGCCAGCUCGAGUCCUGGCUAACCCCGAAAUGCUCGACGGAGUUCGACCUGUCCGGCAUAUCGGGCGGGUACAUGCGCGCGCACUGCGAGAACCCGGCAAACGCGAACUCGUACGAAGCCGGGUCCGGCAACACGGACUUUGACGUGAACGCGCCGGCGCCGAGCAUCGACUGGCGCAACCUGGCGGACCAGUGGCGGCUAUCCAUGGACCUGAACGGGGGCGUGCAAAACAACAACGCGAGCAACGCGCGGAUCCUAACCAACCUAAUCCUCAACAGCACUUCGCUCGACCCGCGGCUGCCGUCCAUGGCCGAAGCCCUCGCCGUGCUCGCGUCCUCGACGCUCGUCGCCGGCACCCUGUCGUCGACGUACCGCGCCGUGUGGGACUACCCGUCGGUGUCGAUGACGCCGGGCGUGUACGAGCGCUUCCACGUGUCGAUGAAGACGCAGGAGUACACGUCGUCGCACGUGAUGGCGUGGCAGGGCGUCUUCUACCCCGUGCUCGGCUGCGUCUUCGUCAUCAACCUCGCCUGCCUCUUCUACAUCCUCUGCUACCGCUCCGGGCUCGUCAGCGACUACACCGAGCCGCAGAACCUAUUCGCCGUGUCCGUGAACUCGCCGGCCAGCGCCGCGCUGGCGGGCAGUUGUGGGCACGGGCCCGAUUCCAAGGAGAUGGUGGUCCCCUGGCGCGUGGGAUACUCGGCGGCUGCGAACCAUUACUACUUCGAGGAGGCGAAGGAUAUGAGGAAGGGCAGGCCCGAGAGUAUGGCGAGCGGGUCGAAUUUGCUGUCCCCGCAUGGACGGUACAGGAGCCAGAAUUGGGAUAAUUAUAAGAGGUUGAGCUCGAGCCGGACUUGGUUGUGAGAUAGAGAGUCGUCAUUACGAGAGGAUAUAAUAGUAUAUAGGGAGGUAUUUUAGGUGCAGCAUGUAUAUAAUGGGGCAUUUCAUCAGGACAUACAUACAUAUCGGCAUAGCGGCGGCGUUCGAGGGUUAACGGCUUGGGAAUACCAUCUGGAAAACGGGAAAAGAGAAAGGGAAACAGCCCACUCUGCAUUUACAGGAUCAUCACAUACGGUACAUACCUGGUACUAGCAUACACAUACUAGCAAAUAAAACAAGUUCACACAUUA